UAUAUAGAAUGCACCCUGUUUUGAUGACAUAACAAGAAACAUCACCACAACAUCAAACAAAAUCAAAUGAAAUUCAAAGACGGUUUAAUCGGUGCCAGGUUCAAUUUAGAGAAAAGUUCAUUUUUGAUUCGUUAUGUACGCAUGCAACAUCAGAGCAGUGUUCUAUCAAUGUGUUCAAGUGAAUAAAAAUUUCCAUCAAAUUUUACGAGCACAGCACGGAACUAGAACACAUUACGAAACGUUGAACCUGAAACCCGAUUGCACAGCCAAAGAUAUCCGGGACUCCUUCGUUAAAUUAUCCAAAGAAAAUCAUCCGGAUACGGGUGAAAAUACUAAGCAAAAUGCAGACAGAUUUCGUUCUAUCGUCGAAGCAUACAAAGUACUUGGCAAAGCUGAGUCUAGAGCCGUUUAUGAUUCGGUGAUGAAUGAACAUAGUGGACCGUAUGCUGUGUACAAUUAUAACGAAUCUUCGUCGCCAUCACCUUCUAAUACGGGAUAUUAUGGAGUGUUCGGAUCGAAGAGAGUCUCGAACAAGAGAAUUGUCAUGUACUGUAUGAUAUUCAUGGUCGUUGGUGCUAUUGUACAGGCGCUUGCUAUUAGAUAUUCGUUGACAUUCCAACGAGAAAAAUUGGACAGAGUAUCAAUGGAAGCGGGCAGAAAUCUCUCGAAAGCACGAGCUGAUGCAGAAGAGCAUGGAAAUGAUUACCAAUUGAAGCAGCUCGCACAAAAAUUAACGAGAAAUUGAUUCAAGAGCGUGCAAUUUUAUAGUGUAUCCGAAGCUCAUUGUGAAUCGUUGACGAAAUGCAGAUCGAUAUUUUAUCUAAAAAA